GGAAUCAGCGCCAUCCCAGCAGAAAGACGAAGAAGGCCAAGCCGACACGGAAAGCCGACUCGAAAAGCACGGCCUGAAAUACGUAUACACACAGCUUUUAAGCACACACACACACACACACAGACAACAGAAAAUACGCUUUCCUUUCUGUCCUGGGAGAUGACUGCCGUCUGAUCGAGAGAUCGAGAUCGAUCGAUCGAUCGAGAGACACACACACACAGAGAGACACACACACAGACACAGAGAGAGAGAGAGAGAGAGAGAGAGAGAGAGAGAGAGAGAGAGAGAGAGAGAGAGAGAGAGAGAGAGAGAGAGAGAUGGAGGAGUCGAGAGACUUUAGAAAAUUGCAGAUCAGGGAAUUUCCGAAGAAAGCUCUACGGGGGACAGCUGAAGGUCGAUUCUGGAGGAAGUUCAAGUCUGUGAAGGCAGUCCAGCAACCGGGUGCAGUCACUCACGUAGAGUUCUGUGACUGCGCGCCGCACGAUCUCGCCGUUACGAGCUCGACCCGCGCUUAUUCUGGGAGCCUACGGCAGGAUGGCAAGGCCUUAGUGGCAGGCGGGGAAACUGGAAUCAUUCAGGUGCUUGAUGCAGGGAGCAGGCUUGUGUUGCGGCAGCUAAAGGGUCAUAGCAGGGCAGUCCACUUUUCGCGCUAUGCGGAAGACAAAGUGCAUAUAUUUUCAGCUGGAGAUGACAACACAGCAAGGUGGUGGGAUGCGUCAUCGGAGGAAUCUCUUUUGAGGCUUGGGGGACAUACCGAUUAUGUCAGAUGUGGCGCGACAGGUGGUGCAUCCCGGGAUGUAUGGGCAACUGGCUCAUACGAUCACACCGUCCGGUUAUGGGAUAUCAGAACUGGCAAGUGUGUGAUGCAGCUUCAGCAUGGGCGUCCUCUCGAGGACGUUGCUUUCUUUCCAUCUGGUGGGCUGUUUGUUUCAGCAGGUGCAAACUAUAUGAACAUCUGGGAUAUAAUCGCAGGAGGCCGAUUACUGAAGAGAGUGUCAAACCAUCAGAAAACUAUCACAUCUGUUCAGGUUUCGUCACCUCUUGGGGUUGCGACACAGUCAACCGUAAUAGGGGGCGAUGGGCCUCGGCUUAUUUCUGCCUCACUCGAUGGACACGUCAAAGUUUACGAGUUGGAUUCAUUUAAGACCACACAUUCCUCAAGGUAUCCGGCACCUAUUCUGUCGAUGGCAGUGUCUCCAACUCUGCAGACGCUGGCCGUUGGGUUGUCGACAGGGCUUCUGUCGAUCCGCAAAAUGAAGGUGCAGACAACCGAGGCAAAGACGGAGGAGUUGGACUCGGACGCGCCGUGGUGGAAAAGAAGAAAGGAAAGAGCCGUACGUAAGACACGAUAUUAUCGAGCUAAUCUGAAUGACCAGAGGCAGAUGGAAACGACAGACUAUGAAGUUGCACAGAGGAAGCCUGUCAGAAUCUCAGAAUUUGACAAAUUGCUGAAGGGAUUCAAUCAUAAGGAGGCCCUCAUUGCUGCUUUAGAAUGUAAACAUCCCGACACACAUCAUGGAUCCUCGCUAUGCCAAGCUUCUUCUACAAGUCGCCCAUCGUGUUCUGGAUGUCUAUGCGGAGAUGCUGGGUCUUUCAUCGGAUAUUGAUUUUCAGGUUGGAGUUCUCAGGAAAGCAGUUUUGGAAGAGGUUAAAAUGCAGCAGUCCUUGCAAUCCUUACAGGGCAUGCUGCAGGCACUGAUGCCUCAAGCGAUUUAUGGAGCAGCUCCAAUCACUGUAUGACUUUUCAAUGUUUUUGUCUUUGAUCGGUUAAUUAGUCAGAGGCCAUUUUUUGCCGUUGGACAGGUGGCAGCUGAGGGAGUUAGAGCAGAGGCUCUCAUUAUGCUGGAAACAGCGGCGGCUUCUUCUGGACACAAAAGCGGAGUUUGAUAGGGAAGCUUGCCACCCUGCUGCAGCUAGAGCAUACGCAGACUGGGACAGACCUGAAUGUUUAUGGUCGCGAUCAUCAGUCAAAUUCGGUGACGAAAGUCCCAGUGUGAGUAUGCACUUCCUUGCAGGUAGUUUCGGUAGGUGCGGUGCUAGUGGAUGAAGCUGGCUGAGAAGUGCAGGUAGCAUUGGUAGGCACUUGUGCGCGAAGCGGCGGGCGAAGUGUGGAGAUGUCCCGCCCGGUUCCCUGGAUGCUGGAAACCUGUGACAUUGUGAUGGUUUUGGCCUCCCUCUGGUGAGGCUUACUGUUACUAUGAACCGGGUAGUGAAUACCAGGUCAGAUUCAUGAGUUUUUUUUUUUUUUUUUCUGUCUUUGCGGAUUGGCUUGACUGAGGCAUCUUUUGUGAGUGUAAGUGGCUGAGUUACGUGCUCUUUUCUUUUGUCCCCUUCCAUGUCUUUGCGCUUUUCAAAAUUUUGAGUACAAGAUAUGAUUUUCUGCUGAUGAACUGAAUGAUGCAAUCUCCUUAUCGUAGCUAUUCUGUACCUGUGUGUAGCUGUGGCAGCCAGAAGAUGCAUUUGGAAAUGACUUGUAAGCAAUUGAAGAUCAAGCGCUUUGCAUAAUAUGCUUGAUCUAGCUCAGUUGUUUAGAGAUCGGGCAUAGCCACGGAGAGGUUAUGGGUCCGAUUCUGGUCAGCCCGCAUCGUCUAACUGCGCACACUCAGUUGGCGUCAGUAUGACACACCCCUCGUACAUGCCCCCCAACCUACCGUCUUCACCUGGACAGAACGUCUGGUCAUGAUGGCCGCAUCUGGACUAAAAGUUGCUGUAGAUACAGAUAUUAUGACUGGGCAUUCUAUUUGGGUGAAGACGGUAGCGCAGUAUGUUCAGCAGAGAGUAGUAUGUUGGGUUUGGUUGUGGGAGCACUACUGUGGGGGUGUAUGUUCCUGGGGAAGUAGGGGGGUCCUACUGCGUGGCCAAGGUAGGGUUGAAAGGGCUUAACACUGGGCACUGGGGGUCCCUGCUAUGUUUUGCAACAUGGUCGGCCAAUUUUGACAUUAGAAUUCAGAAGGUUUUUGCCUGUCUAGAAUGACCUGAGCCUUCUCCAACAAGAGCACAAAUGCCUUGUUUUGUGGCAUAACAAAACGGCAGAAGUACU